ACCUUACUUACCUGAGACUGUCCACCCUACCACCCUAUACAGUCCCUUACCCUUGAAGAAAAAAAAUAUAAAAAAAAACUUCUUCCCGGUAUUCGCUUUCUUUCCUGUACUUUCGUUUGCUUUCACUUUUUUGCUAUGCUUCUGUUUGUUUCUCUUUCUACUUUCUUGUCAUGCUUUCGUUUGUAUUUCUUUAACGCUUGUUAUCUUUUGACUCAUUCUUCUUUGCUGGUUCUCUUUCUUACUAUCCUUUGCUAGUUCAUUUCCUUGUUAUUCUUUGCUGGUUCACUUUCUUGCUAUGCUUUGCUGGUUCACUUUCUUGCUAUCCUUUGAUACUUCCUUUCUUAUUAUUCUUUGCUGCUUCACUUUCUUGCUGCGCUUUGAUGGUUCAUUUCCUUGUUAUCCUUUGGUGCUUCCCUUGUUAUCCUUUGGUGCUUCCCUUGUUAUCCUUUGGUGCUUCCCUUGUUAUCCUUUGGUGCUUCCCUUGUUAUCCUUUGGUGCUUCCCUUGUUAUCCUUUGGUGCUUCCCUUGUUAUCCUUUGGUGCUUCCCUUGUUAUCCUUUGGUGCUUCCCUUGUUAUCCUUUGGUGCUUCCCUUGUUAUCCUUUGGUGCUUCCCUUGUUAUCCUUUGGUGCUUCCCUUGUUAUCCUUUGGUGCUUCCCUUGUUAUCCUUUGGUGCUUCCCUUGUUAUUCUUUGCUAGUUCAUUUCCUGUUAUCUUUUGAUGGUUGCUUUUUUGUUAUCCUUUGGUGCUUCACUCUCUUGUUAGCCUUUGAUGGUUCACUUCUUUUUUACGCUUCCAUAUUUUAUCCUUCAAUGCCUCACUUGGUUGCUACGCUUUCAUUUCUUUCUUCCAUGCUUGGCUUUCCUGUUAUGCUUUCAUCUCUUUUUCGGUACUUCACUUUUGUUAUCCUUUUCUAUGUUAUCCUGGGCGCAUCUCUUUCGUGUUAUGUUCUAUUACGCUUUCCUUCAUUGCUUCGCUUUCUUGUUAUUUUUUCAUUUGCUUUUCUCGACACUUCACCUUUUUACUAUGCUAUCCUUUGUUUUUCUUCCCUGCUUCACUUCCUUGUUAUGCUUUCUUUCUUGCUGCUUCACUUCCUCAUUUGUUUUCCUUGGCUCGUCACUUUUUAAAUAUACUUUCAUGUACUUCUCUUCGACGCUUCACUUUCGAGUUAUCCUUUCCUUUGUUUCCCUUCGAUACUUCGCUUUCUUACGU